GAAUUUCUAAAUAAUUGGAUAAAAUUCCGUGAUGUUCAACCUUCACCGCCACCAUAUACCGCUUCGAGAUUAAAUCCAGAAAUUGAACUUGCUUUCCGUCAAGAUACACCUUCACCCACAUCUACUGUUGGACCAUGGCCAUCUUGUAGUCGUAUAAAACGAAAAGCAUCAGAUGAUCGAUUUGAGCCAUAUUUCAAUCCAAAACGACGUGCAGUUUCACCAAGUUUAGUCGGUAGUCCUCCUGUUGUCUCGGGACUUUCAUCACCAACUAUUGGCUCACCAUCUUAUUCUUCAUGUGCAACUGGUUUAUCUAGUAGCUGUGGAGUAGGUGGAAAUAGUAGCACGCCAACAUCAAAGGGACAAAUCAAAGGAAAUAGUGGUUUGGCCAAUAUUCAUGAUGCCAACGGAAGUUUUAGUAGAAUGAAUUUAAAUGGAGAGUAA